GGGGAGAGACGGUGGGGCGGACCGGAACCGGAAAUGGCUGCGAGGUGGCUCCUGCUGGCGCUCCUCGCCGCCCACGCCGCGGCUCUUCCUGAUGUCAUUAGGAUAGGUGGGCUGUUUCAUCCGUCGGACGACAAGCAAGACGUGGCCUUUCGUUACGCCGUGGAAAAGAUCAACAACAACCGGGACAUCCUGCCCAAGUCCCGUCUCAGCGCCCAGAUUGAGCAGAUAAAACCGCAGGACAGUUUUCACGCUUCCAAGCGAGUGUGCCACUUGCUGCGAAACGGGGUGGCAGCGAUUUUUGGGCCUCAAAGCGCGCACACGGCUUCUCACGUGCAGAGCAUUUGCGACACCAUGGAGAUUCCGCAUCUGGAAACACGCUGGGACUACCGGCUGAGGAGGCAGAGCUGUCUCGUCAACCUUUAUCCGCACCCCACCACCUUGUCCAAGGCGUACGUUGAUUUGGUGAAGGCCUGGGGCUGGAAGAGCUUCACCAUCAUCUACGAGAAUAACGAAGGGUUGGUGCGGUUGCAGGAGCUGCUCAAGGCACACGGACCCAGUGAAUUCCCUAUUACGGUCAGGCAGCUCAGCGAGGGUGCUGAAUACCGACCGCUGCUGAAGCAGAUAAAGAACUCGGCCGAGUCUCACAUUGUACUGGAUUGCUCCACCGAGAGGAUUUACGACGUGCUGAAGCAGGCGCAGCAAAUAGGGAUGAUGAGCGACUAUCACAGUUACCUCAUCACCUCUCUGGACCUACACAGCGUCGAUCUGGAGGAAUUCAAGCACGGCGGGACCAAUAUCACUGCCUUUCGAUUAGUGGACCCGGAGAAGCCAGAAAUACAGAAGGUCGUGCAAGAUUGGAUCUUUGGCGAGAAGCGGUACGAUCGAGAACUCGAUAUGGGACAGAGCUCCAACAAGAACAACCUCACCUACAUAAAGACUGAAACGUCGCUGAUGUACGACGCCGUGCACCUGUUUGCGAAAGCACUGCACGAUUUGGAUACGUCCCAACAGAUCGACAUCAAGCCGCUGUCCUGCGAGUCCACCGACACCUGGCCCCAUGGAUAUUCCCUCAUAAACUACAUGAAAAUCGUGGAGAUGACGGGCCUGACAGGCAUCAUCAAGUUCGAUCACCAAGGAUUUCGCUCGGACUUUAUCCUGGACAUCAUCGAGCUGAACAACAAGGAGGGGUUAAAGAAGAUCGGCACCUGGAACAGCACAACGGGGAUAAACUUCACGAGGAGCUACAACGAGGAGUACACUCAAAUCGUGGAGAAUCUUCAGAACAAGACGUUCAUCGUGACGACUAUACUGAGCGCGCCAUAUUGCAUGAGGAAGGGCUCGAGCGAGCAGCUGAUCGGAAACGCACAGUUCGAGGGCUACAGCGUGGACUUGAUCUACGAGAUAUCAAAGAUCCUCGGUUUCAAUUAUAUGUUCCGUCUGGUGCCGGAUGGACGGUACGGAUCUUACAACAACAAGACGAGAGAGUGGGACGGUAUGAUAAAAGAAUUGCUGGAUCAGAAGGCGGAUCUAGCGGUGGCGGAUCUGACCAUCACGUACGAUCGGGAACAGGUGGUCGACUUCACCAUGCCCUUCAUGAAUCUAGGGAUCAGCAUACUGUAUUGUAAGCCUAUAAAGCAGCCGCCGAAUCUGUUCUCGUUCCUCAGCCCGCUCAGCCUCGACGUUUGGAUUUAUAUGGCGACAGCUUAUCUGGGCGUCUCUGUGCUGCUCUUCAUACUCGCCAGGUUCAGCCCCUACGAGUGGGAGAAUCCCCAUCCGUGCAACGGACAGUCCGAGGUCCUCGAGAACGAGUUCACCCUGAUGAACUCGCUCUGGUUCACCAUAGGCUCGCUCAUGCAGCAAGGCUCUGAUAUAGCGCCGAAGGCCGUGUCAACGCGCAUAGUGGCUGGCAUGUGGUGGUUCUUCACUUUGAUCAUGAUUUCUUCCUACACUGCCAACUUGGCCGCGUUCCUCACCGUCGAACGGAUGGAUUCGCCGAUCGAGAGCGCCGAGGAUCUCGCCAAGCAGACGAAGAUCAAAUACGGGGCUCUCGAAGGAGGCAGCACCGCGGCCUUUUUCAAGGCUUCCAGUUUCUCGACGUAUCAGCGCAUGUGGACGUUCAUGGAUUCGGCAAGGCCGUCGGUAUUUACAACGAAGAACGUCGAGGGCGUGGAACGGGUGAUCAAGGGUAAAGGCAGCUACGCGUUCCUAAUGGAAUCCACCUCCAUCGAAUACGUAAUCGAGAGAAACUGCGAUCUUACUCAAGUCGGCGGCCUGUUGGACUCGAAGGGAUACGGCAUAGCUAUGCCGCCAAAUUCGCCGUACAGAACUGCCAUAAGCGGUGCCAUCCUGAAGCUGCAGGAGGAAGGGAAGCUGCACGUGCUGAAGACGCGCUGGUGGAAGGAGAAACGCGGCGGUGGAUCUUGCAGGGACGACACCUCGAAGAGCAGCUCGACGGCGAACGAGCUCGGCCUGGCGAACGUCGGCGGGGUGUUCGUGGUCCUGAUGGGCGGGAUGGGCAUCGCUUGCGUGAUCGCGGUAUGCGAGUUCGUCUGGAAAAGCCGGAAGGUGGCCAUCGAGGAACGGAAGUCCGUGUGCUCCGAGAUGGCGAGCGAGCUGCGUUACGCUCUGGACUGCGGGAACGGGACGAAAAAGCCGACGAAGAAGACGCUGUGCCGACGCGAGAGGCAGCAGUCGAACCUGUCGAUCGUGUCCGGGGAAGGCACGUAUCCGGAGUGCAACAAGUACAGACACUUCGUGGGUAAGGCGCCUUUGACCUGAAGUUACGAGGCAAGGGCAGCGUCCACGGAGAUGAUCGAACUCGCGACCCGGUGAACCACGAGGGCCGAUCGAUGAUCGAGGGUGCGACAAGGGAAGCAGCGAGCCGUGAAGAGUCGAGGAGUUGCGGCGCGAGAUGGCAACCAUCCACCUUCUCCGAUCGAUUUAUCCGUGUGCGUGCGUGCAUGCGUGCGUGCGUGCGUGUGUCUGCGUAUCGGUCCGACAUAUUUCGUUUCCACCCUCGUCCUCCGUCUUCCCAUUUCCGUUCUUCGUCUGUACGAGUGACGCGAACGAACGAACAUGGCAGUCCUUCGACUUGCACUUUGUAAAGUGUACAGUCGUUCGGUCGUUAAUUGGAGCUCGCUGGAAUUUAUCGUACCGUGCCGGAGACAACGGCGCGCGCUGUUUGAGCGGAAAGAUUAACGAGCAGCCUCGAGAUCCUUUGUCUUUCGUUGCGCGACUCGCGUGGCAAAAGAGAGGGUGUCGCUGGUGAAACAGGCCCGAAGUCGAACCACGACUGUUCCCGUGACGGCUAGCGUCGCGACGAUAGCGAGACUGGGGAAAAAAGAGAGAGUGAAUUAGGAAGCGUUUCGUUCCGCAGCCAGGGGUAAUUGGGUUUCAGGCGAUGCAGGUGUAUACAGGUGUAAGCAACGCGACGAUUUUAACGCGGAAUUAAUCAUUGUAUUUGCCGUUCAUUGUUGGAGUCUUAACUCACGGCGAAGUGAGAUACCCCUGUAACGAUAUUUCCAUGUUCCAUUAAUUUCGUUAAACUGCUCCGGAGAUUCGAAUGCGUUAAAUUUGAAUAGAUUAAUACCGGGUACGAAUAGGGGAUGCGGAACAUGGCUCGUAGGUAUUCUUGAUAAUCACUUUCCAUUGUCGUGUACCGAUAAACUAACGUUCGAUAUAUUUUUACCCCCCCGUUUUGAUAUUCGCCGGAAUUGCCUUGGUCCAGGUAACGAUAUUUCGUCCGAAAUCUCUGUCUCCCUCGUUACC